CUCAGGCUGAAUGCACACACACUUGGCUCUCUAUGGGCUUUGGCGCUUGACUAGCAUUGCACCUGCCUCGCUCGUUUUGAGGGUUUCUGUGGGGCUGCCCUUGUUCCUGCCGCACCACUUGGCUUCUGUUCUCCUUCGACAACAUUUUGUACUCCCAGUCAGGCCAGAGUUUGGGGGGGCUUUUUGCUAUGUUUAUCUCUGAUAAUGUGGACAGGGGGGAAAGACACAACAAAGGGAUUCUUGAUGAUGGUGCCUGCUAAAUGCAGCAUGUUGCCUCUGUUGUGUAUGGUGUGAGCUCUUUGUGUGGCUGGCAUAGUGUGGUUUGGAUCAUCCCUUGGAAUGAAGAAGAAGAGGAAACUGAAUGACUGUGUUUGAGGACAUCAUCACAAGAGUGUGCAAUGAGUCGCAUCGUACCACGUCUCCUCGGUGCAUCAUGGAGGCGGAUGACAUCACCGUCCCUACUAGCCAAUCAGAAGCUACAGCUGCUUGCAUCCAAUCACCAGUGCCCGAGCCCCGCCAGGCUUGAUGUUCUACGUGCAGGCUGGUACCAGCUGUCAGUGCGAUUAUUCCAGCGUUGGGAAUGGCAGUGUCUUGAAGCUAGCGGUUCCAGCUCCUCCUCGCCAGGUGCAGAGGAGAGGUUGAGUGUCGAGGGGCCCUCGGUGUCAGAUGGCCCUCAGGGAACGGCAGAAACAGAUCAAGAUGGAAGUAUGCUGGCAGACCUGGACAUUGGGAAAACCUACAUUCAACCGUCAUCGACAGACAGCCUGAUAUUUGGGGGAAUCCCUUUCUACGAGUUGCCCGUGAUUCAUAUAAAGGCGACCUACAACAACACGCACAUCAAUGUGACGGAUCAUACAGGACGGCGGAGCUUUACAAGAAGUACAUGUGGAGCUGAAGGCUUCAAGAAUGCAAAGAAAGGAACAACAAUAGCUGCUCAGACCGUAGGCAUUGCAAUAGCUGCUAAAGCAAAAGACAAGGGUCUGAACACAGUGAGAAUCAUGGUGAAGGGUAUUGGUCCAGGUAGACAGGCAUCCAUCAAGGGUCUUCAGAUGGGUGGUCUCGAUAUCGUCUCUAUCACCGAUGUUACACCAACACCGCACAAUGGCUGCCGGCCACGCAAAGCUAGAAGAUUAUAAACGUACAAUUUGUAGGCACUCUAACCACCAUAGUUUUUUUUUUUUUUUUUUUACUCCAGUGAAUGAAACACACGACUUCUUGUGUUUCGGGUUGUGAAUUGCAUUGUUUAAAAGUUCCUCGCGCAAAUUUCUAAUUUGAAAUUUAAUAUUGCACUAGACAAAGAUAAAGAUGAAACAACAUUGUAAAGCUUUAGUUUGAUCAUAAUUUUAUGUCAACCACUAUCUGUAAAAACGCUGAACACUGUGAACGUUGACCAGGUGUCAUACAUGCACUUCCAUCUGGGAUAACAAAAAUAUUCUUUUAGUUUUUACCCCUACACUGAUGUGUGAUAAGCACUGGAUACUCUCUGUACUUUGCCCGGUGUCCUGCAGACACAAUUCAAUAGUCAAACUACUUGACCCCUUGCCAUUCUUGAGCAGAUGUCUUACCAUUAGACCACAGAUCUUUUGCUAAAACAUAAAAUCUUUUCUCAAUGAUAGAACAGGCAUUCUGUUGUCAACUAGCAAUCAUGUGUGAAAGAGAACAAGUGUGCAUUGGUUUGUACUCAUCUGUAAAUAAACAAAAGAAUAUCGGAAUAAAAAGAAUCAUUUCUAA